AUCCCGGUGUUUACUGUUACCAUGGCGACCGGACGCUCUCAUGUUCAGUGCUUGUGAUGUUUUGAGCUUCUGUCUGAGAGAGAUUCAACCGCUGUAAUAACUGAUGUUAAACAUAAAGCUGAAGAUCAGAUCGAUGUGAAAAUGCUGCUGAGUGACAGAAGAGCAUGUCGGGAGUUGACGGGACCGACGCCUCAUUCAGUGGGAGUGAGAGCAAAGUUCCCGUCGUCGAGGCCUGCAGACCAUCAAAUCCUGGAGAGACAGAAACAGGACUCGGCCCGAGACAAAGUCUUGGAGUUCUGCAGGAACCAGCAGACCUGCGACAUCAAGAACUCGUGGCUGCAGAGUUCAGACCGACUGUUCCUGAGAGGAACCAUCGACAGACACAUCAGAGCCGCCAUGACCCAACACAAGCUCAGCAUGGAGGAGAGGAGGGACAGGCUUCGUGUUGUGCUGGAGGCCGAGGAGCAGCAGCUGCUGCAGGAGAUGGAGGAGAAGAAGGAGACUUCAGUGGAGAGACAAGCGAAGAUGAGAGAAAGAGCCAAAACUCUGAGAGAAAGACGAGAGAUUGAAAGACAGCAGGUGGUGUCAGAGAAGCUGGAGCAGCUGUUCAGAGAGCAGUGUGAGGAGCUGCGGAGCGUCCAGAACAAACAAAGGGAGUGGCAGGUGUGUGAGGAGCGAGCCGCCCAGGUGCGGAGCAGGGAGGAGCAGCGGCAGCAGCAGCAGCAGGAGGAGAAGCUGUUCGAUGAGCUGUGGGAGGCCGACCGACGAGCCAAGGAGGAGCGAGAGAGGCAGCGAGUGCAGAGGCGGCAGCAGAGAGACGCCGAGCAGCUGGACGCCCUGAACGCUCAGAGGGACGCAGCCGAGAGGCAGAAACAGCAGGAGAGACAGCUGAGAGAGGAGGAGGCCCAGCUGAUGCUGCAGCAGCAGGAGAUGCAGCAGCUGCAGGAGCAGCGGGAGCAGCAGCAGCAGCGUCAGGCUCAGCAGACGAGGCGCCGGCAGCUGGAUCAGGGUUUACGGCUGAAGAUGAAGCGCGUGGCCAGAGAGCAGCAGGACGAGCUGCAGCUGGACAUCCGCAUCCUGCAGCAGCUGCUCAAAGAGGAGAGCGACGAGAGGCAGGAGGCUGCUCAGAGGAAGGCGGAGCUGCGUGCGGAGCAGCAGAGGUAUCGGCAGUAUCUGUCUGACGAGCUGCAGAAGCAGAGGAGGGAGGAGGAGGAGACGGAGCAGCUGAUGGAGGAGAAGCUGAGGGAGACGUGGAUGAAGAGAGCAGAGCAGAACCGGCUGCAGCGAGAGGCCAGAGACCGUCUGAUGAGCGAAGUGAUGGAAGCUCGCCGUCUGCAGAUCAAACACAAACUGGAUGUGAACAUGCAGAAUCAGGUGGAUGUGUCCAAACACAGAGACGAGUUGAACAGGAUCAUCGAGGAGACGAAGCUGAUGGACGAAGAGGAGAAGAGACGUCAGCGGCAGGCGUGCGAGGCGUACCGCGCCGACCUGCGGGCUCAGAUGAAGCACCAGCAGCAGCUGAGGCUGGAGCGGGAAGCUCAGGAGGAGCUGGAGCAGCAGCAGGGUCUGAUCCAGCAGCGGCUGUACCGCCAGAAGAAAGACGAGAUCCUGUCCAGACCCCGGUCCACAACCGCCGCCGCCGCCCCCCCACAUCCUUUCAGGAGGGCAGAGGGCUCCAGGUCGGCCACAGACCGCCUCCGCCUCACCUAGAGGACGUCCAGACACCUCACAGCACCACAGCACACGCUUUCAAAUAUGUUCAUGUGACGCUAAAGAGAAAUAAAACGUGUCUUCACUGUUACA